UCAAAGGCAAGAUCUUCUCUUCCGGCACUUCUUUUAAACUUUAUCACUCGUUGUAGAGGCCUUUCGGUUCAGCAGACCUCGUCCGCUGAGGACAAAGCUUGUAGAUAAAAUACAUUCGCGCGCUCCAAAAGAGGCAUAUUGGAUUGACAAACAUCCACAAACAACAUGCUUUCUUUAGUUUGUUUGAGUGGGAUCUUGGUCUUUGGAGCUACCAACGGGCAGUUACAGCCGAGUUUGGGUACGGUUGUUGAUCCAAAUUGCAAGGACACGAUCGAUACGUGCUGGAAAAUGCCGGAGACAAACUGCAAGGCGCCUUAUGACGAGUGGGCGAAGCAAUACUGUCCCAACCGGUGUGGAUACUGCAUCGGUCCGUCCACCCCUAUUCCCCCAUGCGUCGAUGUGCUGCCAAACUGCGCCUCUUACGAAAAAUCAGUGUGCACCGACACCAACUAUAGGACAUGGGCCGCCGAAAACUGCAGAGCGUACUGUCGCAUGUAUUUAUGUACCCCUGCACAAAUCGAGACCCUGGACAGGAUGACAACAACAAUCGCUCCCGAGAAUUGUGUGGAUAAGGUGGAUUGCCGACAAUACGGAACCAACGCCUGUUCCAAGCAGUUCGAAGCAUGGUCGCAUGACAAUUGCCCAAAGCACUGCAGGUAUUGCGAUGGUGUCCCGACGCCGCCCCCUGUAUGCGAGGACAAGAUCCCCAACUGCAACCAGUAUCCCAAUAGUACUUGCACUACGCCCGACUACAAACUCUGGGUGGACGAUAAUUGCAAGAAAUUCUGCGGGCGAUGUGGGGGCGGUCAGCCCGCUCCGACAAUGAGUGGUGGAGUACCACAACAUCCUACAAUAGGUGGGGAAAUGCAGUCCCAUCCUACACUACAAGUCACCCCCAAGCCAAUGAUCCCUCCGGUCCCAUUAAUCCCCGGGAAAAGAGACAGAAUGGGACUCCGUGAAGCGAGACCAAAACGCCAGUUCCACGCGAGCCACCAUCACCCGGUUGACUGCUGGGAUGGCAAUAACUCUGCAGACCCGAAGUGCAACACCACCACCGACGGAUCCGUCUCGACGCAGACAACAGCGCCGCUUAGAGUUACAUCAGAGAGUUCUGGAACUGAAUUUCUUACCAUCUUUCACCCUCAUCCAAUUACGACCGAUUGGGAUGGUAAGCCGGAAAUAACUGUAACGGUGCCGGGGUCAAAAGUUACUCCGUCCCAUCAUUCGUCUUUCAAUUCUACGACCCCAUCUUCUCCAAUAAAUGCUUCCGUAUCAACAACCUCUGAUACUUCUACAACACCAUCAACUACAUCUUCAAUGCAUACAACACCUUCUUCUAUAUCAUCAACGACAACUUCAGUUGGGGUGAUACCUUCUAUUACACCAUCAACGACAACUUCAAGUGAGGCAACACCUUCUGCUACAUUAUCAACAACAACUUCAAUUGAGGCGACAUCUUCUUUGACUUCAUCAUCAUCGACAACUAAAAUUGAGGUGACAACUUUUACUACAUUAUCAACGACAACUUCAAGUGAGGCGACACCUUCUACUACAUUAUCAACGACAAUGUCAAGUGAGGCGACACCUUCUACUACAUUAUUAGCGACAACUUCAAUUGAGGCGACACCUUCUUCUGCAUUAUUGACGACACCUUCAAUCGAGGCAUCUGCUAUUACACCAUCAACGACAACUUUAAGUGAGACUACGUCUUCUUCUACAGCAUCAAUGACAACGUCAAGUGUAACGAUAUCUUCUCCUACACCAUCAACGACGACUUCAAGUGUAACGACAUCUUCUGCUACACCAACAACUACAACAUUAUCAACCAUAUCCCAUUCUGCAAAUACCACUACAACCUCAACCCCAAAACCAACUACCACUAGCAGGCCGACCAAACCACACGAUCAUACAAAUGACACAACACAUUCAAAGAGUUCAACCACUACGAAAACGACGUCGACGACGACCACCACCACAACAACCACCACCACCGCCACGCCCACCACCACCACUGUUACGCCCACAGUCGCAUCGAACGUCACUUCCGAAGCACCUUGCGAGGAUUUAAAAGACUGUGUCCUAUUUGGUCGAGAUAUCUGUGUAGACGAUCCGAUUACCAACGCAUAUCUGCCUUUUGCAAAGAAGAACUGCCCCUUGUAUUGUGCCUUCUGUAAACCAACUACAUUUGUCUGCAAAGAUGUCAACCCCGCUUGCCCAGAAUAUGAUGAUGGAUCGCUGUGUACAGAUCCAGACUUUACCCAGUGGGUCUACGAGAACUGCAUGGUGUAUUGUCACGUGUAUCCAUGCAACG